AUGGGUAACAACGACAUCGAGGCCCGCAGCUCGAGUGUGGCGGCGCACGACAUCAACGACGGCAAGCCUCAGCCAGAGGUCGGCCGCGAGCACAUCCAUUCCACUGUGCCUCCCCAUGAUACUUAUGAGGGACGCCAUCGCUUCGACCCGAGCGCAUCGUGGUCCCCAGAGGAGGAGCGCGAAGUAGUCAGAAAGACGGACUGGCGAUUGCUAUCUUGGCUGUGUGUCAUGUUCUUUGGGUUGCAGCUUGAUCGCGGCAAUCUCAGUAAUGCCCUUGCUGAUAAUCUACUGCCUGACCUCGGCCUCACGACAGAUGACUACAACAACGGAACAACAAUCCAACUGCUGUGCUUCCUUGGCGCCGAGUUCCCUGUGCAAUUUCUUACCAAGCGCUAUGGUUUCAAGAACAUUCUUCCCGGAGCAUUCAUGAAGGACAGGACUUCAUUUUACAUUACUAGAGCCUUCAUUGGCCUUUUCGAGGGUGGAUUCAUUCCUGGCGCCAUCCUCAUGGCUACGUACUUUUACACUUCCCGAGAGCUCUCUAUCCGUCUGGCUGCAUUUUGGUCAACCCUCAACGUCGCCAGAGUUAUUUCUGCUCUUCUCGCCGCUGGUUUACUCGAGAUGCGCGGCGUUGGUGGCCACCCCGGUUGGUUCUGGCUUUUCCUCCUUGAGGGUCUCCUCACCCUCCUCCUCGGCAUCGUCUCGUUCCUCUAUCUCCCUACCUCGCCCACAGGGACCAAGUCUCCCCUUUGGCGCAAGUCUUGGUACACUCCACGCGAGGAAACCAUCAUGAUCAACCGUAUCUUGCGCGAUGAUCCGGCAAAGGGCCUCACAAACCUCUACGAGCCGGCCACCUUCCAGGACAUCAAGGCGGCAUGGGGGGACAAGUCCAUGUGGGGACUGUAUCUCAUCGGAUUAGUUGCCUACAUACCCGCGACACCAGUCCAGGCUUACCUUACAUUGACGUUGAAGCGUGUGGGCGGAUUCAACACGCUCCAGUCGAACCUACUAACAGCCCCGUCUGCCGCGCUGCAGAUCAUCACCAUGCUCGCUUUGGCCUACAGCUCAGAGUACUUCAAUGAGCGGGCGUUCCACUGCCUGUUUGGUGCGUUUUGGUCACUUCCCAUGCUCACGUCGCUCAUCACACUGCCGGACGGGGGCCGAGAGUGGGAGAGAUUCUCGCUCAUUACCCUUAUCUCCGGGUACCCUUACUUCCACCCGCUUGUGAGCUCGUGGAUUUCGGAGAACACAUUUGAUGUUAAGAAGAGGGCAAUCACUGCGGCUACGUACAACGUCAUCGUUCAAAUUGGGAGUGUUAUUGGCAACCAGAUUUAUCGCAAAUGGGACUCACCAUACUACAAAACGGGUAAUAAGGUGUGCGUGUCUAUCCUGGCUCUUAGUCUCGUCGUCUUUGUUGUCCACCGCCAGUACCUCGUCCACCUGAACAACAAGAAGGAAAAGAUUUGGAGCAGCAUGUCGCCCGAGGAGCAGCUGGAGUAUCAGACGGAUAAAGAAGCCCGCCAAGCUGACGGUAACAAGCGUCUCGACUUCCGGUUUGCCUAUUAA